AUGGAAACUCAGAAGGAUGGGCAGCUGACAUUCCUAGAGGCAUGGGCUACACAUCAAAUCAGCCACACAUGGGAGACAAAGCAGCAGGGGAACCUAAUGGGCAGCUCAGGCAAUUGGGAACAGCUAGGAAUGGGUGUGCUUCACCAGCCAAAGGGGAGCACGAAAUUGCACUCUAUAAAUAGAGACAUGUACACUCAUUCAAAGGCAGUCACUCCAUUCAGCCUAAAAUUCACUUUAGCCAUCCUCUAA